AUGCCACUUUUUUCGCGUUGGAAUCCAGUAGUGACUAACUUCAAUCUGGGACAUAAAGUGAAAGAAAUUAGAGAGCGACUAACUGAAAUUGAGAAAGAUAAGAUUGAGUUUGAUCUCGUUGAGAUGACCAAGAUAGCUGAUGAUCAUAGUGUGCCCCAAGGGAUGCAAUACAAUCAAAGAGAAACUGAUUCCUUGGUAGAGGCUUCAGGAGUUAUUGGGAGAGAUGAUGAUAAAGAGCUAAUUUUUAGUCAUCUCUUACAUAACACUGAUAUCUCUAAUGAGGAUAAUGUUUAUGUUAUUUCAAUCCUUGGGAUGGGGGGAUUGGGUAAGACAACUCUGGCUAAAUUGGUGUACAAUGAUAGCGUGGUAGAGGAGAAUUUUGAGGUGAAAAUGUGGGUAUGUGUCUCAGAAAACUUUGAAGUUAAAUCAUUAAUUCUCAAGAAUAUCAAUGCUAUAACUGAUCAAAAAUGUGAGGAUGAAAGUUUGGACCGUAUGAAAAGAAGUUUGCAAGAUACUUUGAGAGGUAGAAAGUUUUUGUUAGUGUUAGAUGAUGUUUGGGAUACGGAGUCUAUUGGAGUAACACCAGAAAAAUGGUUGGGUUUAAAAAGUCUGUUAAGUGUGGGAGCUAAUGGAAGCAGAAUCCUCGUAACAACACGAAAUAGAUCAAUUGCUUUACUCGUGAAUCUUUCAUACAUGCAUUCUUUGAAAGGUCUUUCCCACAAAGACUACAUAUCCUUGUUCAUCAAAAGGGCAUUCAAGAAAGGAGAGGAGCAAUGCUAUCCACGCUUGAUAGAAAUUGGAGAGGAUAUUGUGAACAAGUGUGGAGGAGUUCCUUUAGCUGUAGCAACUCUAGGGAGCAUGCUCUAUUUGAACAGAGAGCCACACCGAUGGUUGAGUGUGAGAGAUGAUGACAUGUGGAGUAUAGGAAAUGAUCAUAUUCUACCUACACUCAAAUUGAGCUAUGAUGCAUUGCCACAACACUUGAAACCAUGUUUUGCAUUUUGUUCACUUUUCCCAAAGGAUUUUGAAUUCCAUGGUGACUUUCUGGUUUACCUGUGGGUAGCACAAGGCUACCUCAAAACAUGUAAAAAAAAUGAAGAUCUUGAUAAAAUGGGCAUGGACUAUAUAAUACAUUUCUGCUCUAGAUCAUUGUUUCAAGUUGCAAACGAUUUAAGAACCAGAAUGAUAUUUAAAAUGCAUGAUCUAGUUCAUGAUAUAGCAAUUUCAGUGGCACAAGCAGAAUACUCCACAGUCAAUUUUCGUCCCUCUAGUGCUUUUGAAAUGGUUCGACAUGUGUCAAUAUCCGAAAAGGACUUGCUUGGAGAAGAAGCACAAGUGCCUGAUUUCUUAUUCAAGUCAACCAAAUUACGAACCUUUCUAAUUCCAUAUGGAGAUGGCAAGAUGAUGAAUCAACAUUUUGUGAAGACAUGCAUCUCGAGAUUCAAAUAUAUGCGCGUGCUAGAUGUCAGUGGGUCGCCCCUUGAGAAGCUACCAAGUUCCAUUGACGGCCCUCAAGGUCUUAGAUCAUUUUUGAUCCGCACUUCAGAUUUGGAGGCUUUGCCUUCCUGGCUUGAAGAUUAUGCAAUAGUUUUGCAGAGCAUAGCAGUCAAACAGUGUGAUAAUUUGACUGAACUUCCGGAAUUGCAAAUAUUUACAUUCCUCGAGCAACUGUUGAUUAAAAGUUGUUCCAAUUUGUUAGCUUUACCGCAAGGGUUACAUUGCCUCACUGAGUUGAGAGAAUUGAAAAUUAAUGGUUGUCCCAAACUGAGCAAGAGCUGCAAAAGGCAAUUAAAAGGUGAGAAUUGGUCAAAGUUCGCACGUGAGGCAAAGAUUGAACUCGACUCUGAUGUGGAUACAAAUGAAGAGGAAGACAAAGAUGAAGGUGUUUUCGACGAUCACAAUGCUAUCUCAAGUGAUAAUUAG